AUGGCGACGUCAUCGAAGUCGGGGCGGACGGAGAAGCCAGGGAACUGUUCUACUCAUCAGAUCAGCACAUCCUUCCUGUUCAACUCGACCCUGAUUCUGCUGGGCUUCGUCUGGUGCGGGGUGACCUUCGCCAGGCUGGUCUGCGUGCACCGUGCGCGUGAGAGCGCCCUGAGCGGCGCCCACUUCUCGGACAGGAGGGGUGGCCGGGGCGAUCAAACGGGCGCAGGGUUUACGGGGACGGGUCUUGGGGCGGCGACAUCGGCGGGGCCAGCGGGUCUCACCCCCGCACAGAUUCGGAGCCUUGAGCAGACCAACGUGCUCCCGAAACACAGGCGGUUCGGGUCGAAACUGGCCGGCGGCGGGGGCGACAUGGAUGUGGAGAAGGGGUGGGGUGUCGGGGGCCCCGGGAAGGGGACCGAACCGGCAGCGGCAGGGGAGGGGGUGGAAGAGGAGGCGACGUGCGCGAUCUGCCUGUGCGAGGAGGAAGACGGGCAGGACCUGAGGGUGCUGCCGUGCGGGCACUUCUUCCACGCCGGCUGCGUCGACGUCUGGCUGGCGCAGAGCCCGACGUGCCCGUUCUGCAAGCAGCCCGUCGAGCCGCCCUCUACCGAGAGCAAGGCCGGCCUCGUCGGCUCGUCCGCGGUGCCGGUCAGAAGCUUGCGCCGGUGGCUUCGGAAUCACGAGCGGGGACCGGGGGCUGUGGUGGCUCAGACGGCACCCCCGGGGGGUCCAACGGGCGGGGAAGUUGAGAUGGGCAGCGGAGGUGCAACGAGUGGGGUGCUCUCUGAGCCCGUGGUUGCGAGGACAAGCGGGCUCGUCGGCGGUGGUUCCGGCGGUGGUUUCGGCGGUGUCGAUGUUGCCGCUGACGGAGGUGACGCCGACCGACCCCGAGCGGCGUCACAGGGCGGUGGCUCGUCAUCUGAAGUGGUCGUUACGUUGGAGGAGGAGGAGGGGGAGGAGGGGGAGCAAGGGCAAGGAGAGCCUCCGGCGGCGGCGCCGCCGCCGCCGCCUACUUCGACGGCUCCGGGAGUCGCCUCCCUGUUGCCGGUAUUACCCCCGGCCGCGGUGGCCGGCCAUGAGGCCAACCCCGCGGCGACGAGUCCCUCGCCCGGGGGGGGGGCGGAGGCGUUCCCCGCGGCGGCGGCGGCGGCGGCGGCGGCUGCUGGGGAUGAGCAAUCGGUGGGAGGCCCAACGGACGUGCACCCGGCUGCGGUAGCUGCAGUGGACGUCCCAGACCCGCUCUCCGUAUCGGCGUCGAGGUUCGAGGAGCGGGCUUCGGCGUCUACCACCGCCUGAGGGUAAAAUCAUGGGAGGAGGAGAAAGAAAGGGGCGAAUAGCGCCGCCGGCAUAGACGGCCGAGGGGGGCAAAACGCGGCAUUGUAUGAUGUUCGAUCCCCCGGGGUACUUGGAGAAAUUAUCGAAGAGGCAACCGGCCGAUUGAGGGGGCCGCCUGACAGGGCGGGUGGGCGAGCCGUGUUGCGAUGUGUUGUAAGUAGAGAGGAGCCGGGGCUGUCUUUUGCUGUGUUUGAGGGUUAUAUGCGUAUGCCUCUGUGUUGAGCGGGCUGUACGAACGAACAAGUAGUUGGUUUUGUUUUUGUCCAAGCACCGUUGGUGGCGAGACUUGCAGGAGGGACCUGACCGCCCCCGCCCGCCCCCCGCCCUCGAUGAAGGUUUUGUAGGUGCGACAGCUUUUAUUUCGUGAAUUUGCGAUGUACCCGUGUUCACAAUGUUUGUUGCUGAUCCCACCCCCAGUGUUUUUUCACGGGAGCAGAUUAAAACACACGCGAUGGGAUUGGGGUUGGUUCUGCGAGCACGGCGGUUGUGGUGUAGCCAACACGUCCCAUUCUAGUUAUAGGGUUAAAUGUGAGGGUGAGUCUUAUGAGCAAGACUCAUGCAUACACCCGGUGUCUUUUGGCCGGUCGGGGCUGUGGGUUUAAACCCCGGCUCGCUGUACCGUUUAUUGGCGCGUUCAUCGUUAGUAGGCAUAAUGCACUGAGUCGUUGACGAAGCGAAGAGCAAUGCUGAAUCCUCUCUGCACGAUAGAUAGUGAAGGCAUGGACAUGACACCGGAUCGCACCUUGCGUUGUAGGUGAACGUAUGGUUCGAGUAUUUCUAUUAAUGAACUACUUCUUUGUUUUCAAGAGGCUCACUUGCCGAGCAGCUUUCUUGUGCCUCUCUCUGUCUGUGUUGUUUGUCUUGAGACGAUGGUGGCCCACCGCAGUUCUAGCGCCUACGGAUAUGUAAGUGUGGCGAUCCCAAUUGGUCGUUCAAAUAUUUUAAUCGAUUGCCGGUCGGUAUACAUGGCUGGCUAUACAACACACGGGUUACCUUCCUGAUGUCGCGAGCGAUUUUGCGCCACACUAAUCGUUCAAAUAUUUUCGUUCAAAUAUUUUAGUCGAUUGCCGGUCGGUAUACAUGGCUGGCUAUACAACACACGGGUUACCUUCCUGAUGUCGCGAGCGAUUUUGCGCCACACUAAUCAAGUACAGAGCUGCAGCAAUCUGCCUGCUUCACUUGGAUAGCGCUUGAACGAUCAACUUUAACCUUCCUUCAUGCUUGAUGGUGUCGUCGGGCGGACCCACAGCGAGCGCACCUCAUAGGAUCAAUUCUGGCCGUGUUUGCGCUGAUAUUUUUUUGGCCGUGAGAUUUGUCAUGUAUGUUGGUUGUCAGGCUUUGGGGUGUGCACGAGGGUUGGUGGGCGGAUGCCGGUGCAGCAGUAUGCUUUGGGAUGUCGUGAUAACAACUUGCUGCGUCGGGUGGGCAUUAUUAGCGACACGUGUAGCAUAGCGCACGGGUGAGCCAACGAAAAGAACGAUGGUGAGGAACCGUUGUGCCGCCCGCACGAUUCACGCGGUGUGAGAAGAGGCAUGUCGGUGUAGUAGAAGAGAGAGCAUGGAGGUGUGCAUGCCUUGGUGGCGGCAACGCUGUGCUUCGGUCUAUCUAUUGGAUGUGGUGCUGGGCUUAUCAGAUUUGCUGAUUUGUGGUAGAAAUUGUAUGAUGUUUGUUUUUUUUCGUGUUUGAUGGUUGUGUGCGGCGAUUUUAUCCCUGGCCGGAUGACCGUCCUUACUUUUGUUUUCCUUGUGACCGGUUUUGCCGUGUUUAUCUUGGCCAGCCUUGAGUUUUGGCCGUUUCGGCACGCCGCUGCGGGAGUCCGCCUAUCUCCCCCGAAAGAAAUGAUUGUGCCCGUUAAGACAUGAAAGACAUGCUCCUGGUUUGAGGUCGUUAUGUCGAUCGCAUGUUGUGCAUCAGUUUGCUCUGGCCAGCCGUUUCUCGUCGUUUCUUGGUGUGUUGUGUACGCUGGGUAUUGUUUUGUGCGCCGCCGCCGGUUCCACUUUAUAGAGUAGCGAGAGGAAGGGAAGAGUUUUGUGUGUAGAUCCCAGCUAUUAAUAAUGCAUAGUUGACGAGACCUUAACUUUGUUACCGGUCUGCAAAGAAAUGUAGCAAAUAAAGGUGGGCAGGGGUGGGUGAAGCUGCGGCGUGAUGCGGACAAACACAACAGCGACCUACCUCAAAGAAGUCCCACCAGAACAGCAAGGUGUGUGUUGAGCGAGGGACAACCUUCCUACUUGCUGCGUGAUUCGUUUCACAUUUUGCUCACACUGAGGCCGCCCAACACCGGUGCAGACGAAGGGGUAUUAACCCAUAUGCCCUGCGUACGGUGUGCAAUCUAGGUCCUCCUAACGGAAUAAUACCUGUAGGCCACCAUCAUGGCGACAUGGGGGCGUCUUUCUCCUUCCCGUCGCUCAGGACGUUUAGACUAGACGUAGACAAAGCCCUCUUUGGAUGAUGGAUCUAUCUGUAGCCUAGAUUGCAUGUGCAUGCAUAGCUCCGACUUUGUUUGGCCGCCCUGUGGCUGCUUGUUCUGCCUCCUGCGGCCGCGGCACACCAGCCCUUGUGUUGGGUAGAAUUUAGUUGUAGCAGCAAGAUAAUCAUCCCAGGACCG